GUGAUAGCUGGGGGAUCUCAAGUAGGAAAUGGCGAAAGGAGACCAGAAAAACACAGAUGAGAAUCCAACAGACGAAACGGCCGGCAUUAACCCCGCGCUUAGCUGCUCUGCGCUUAGCUGCUCUGCACCUAGCGUUGUGUCGGAGGCUCCGCUAGUCCCGCAACUUCAGACUGCGGAGUUCAGUUCGGAGUCCUUGGCGUCGCAGGCGUCCAUCACCACCAACCCGGAGUACAUCGGUGCAAAGUUCUGCCCAGAGCCACUUUUCAGCAGUAUCGUGGUUCAAAGGUACGAUGGAGAAAUGCGUGGUGACCUGUUUCAUGGUGAAGGCACCGCUUAUUUUCUGGGCGGUAAUACGUAUAAGGGUAUGUUUGCAGAAGGAUACAUGCACGGACGGGGUUUGUAUACCUGGGCAGACGGGGUAAUAUAUGAGGGCGACUUUGUUCUGAAUGUGCCCACGGGAUAUGCGAAAUAUACCUGGCUGGAUGGCAGCUGGUACGAAGGUGAGGUGCAGAACGGACUGCGACAUGGUGUGGGAACCUACAGAUGUGGCACCAAGCGCGUUUCUUACUGUGGUCAGUGGUACCAUGGCAAGAGACAUGGAAAGGGUAAAAUAUUCUAUAACCAGGAGAUGACAUCAUGGUAUGAAGGUGACUGGGUGAACAACACGAUAGAUGGAUGGGGAGUGAGGCGUUAUCUCUCUGGGAAUGUAUAUGAAGGCCAGUGGAAGGACAGCAGGAGACAUGGAGAAGGCACGAUGAAAUGGCUGACGUUGGGUCAGCAGUAUAGUGGCCAUUGGGAAAAUGGAAUCCAGCAUGGCCACGGGACACACACAUGGUUCCAAAGAAGAAUCGCUGGCUCUCAGUAUCCCCAGAGGAAUGAGUACACCGGGCAGUUUGUGCAGGGCGCACGCCAAGGUCAAGGCACCUUCUUCUAUGCCAACGGGGCAUCAUAUGAAGGAGGCUGGCAGGUCAACAGAAAGCACGGCCAGGGAAAGUUUACGUCUAAGAAUGGGCAUGUUUCUGAAGGAGACUUUGUGGAUGACCGCAUGACUGAAUUCCCAGCAUUCCCAAAAGAUGCUGUGUUGACACCAGAUCUCAACAUAUUAAGGACUCCCACUUCUAUUAGUGCAGACAGUGACUCACCCUGGGAUACCUCUGGAUCAGGCCCUGGGUCAUCAUUACUCAGCCAAGACAUGACACUGGAUAUCCGGUCCCUGUUAGUUCAGUUCCCUGAACCACAGAGAGAUGCUGAACUCAAACAGAUGGUGUUGGCAAUGCUGAGACAUGCAGCAGAGCUCAGGAGCACAUACUGCUUCUACAGCCGGCUGGGCCACGACUCUCCAGACAACACCUUCCUGCUCUCCCGUUUGCAGUUCUGGCGUCUGCUGAAGGACUGCAAGGUCCACCAGGAGGGAAUCACUCUGGCCCAAAUGGACCGGAUCGUUGGCAGCGAUGAUACCCCAGAGGACAUCCACUCUCCUUUUGGAACUCUGUUGCUCAGGAACUUCUUGAGCCACCUCGUGAUCCUGGCCAAUCACAUCUAUCACAGAGAGAUGCCCCUUUUCAGAUCAUCUGGCAACGUGCUUGUGACCUGCUUCUCUAAGCUAAUGGAGGAUAACAUCCUUCCCAAUGCAACAAAUGUUAAAGGUAUUCUUUUCUCUUACCCACUCCAUGCUGUGGUGGCCUCUCAUUAUCUGAUGAGAUGCUGGGAGAUCUACCAAUACUUCUGCAAGCAAUAUUCCAGGGCCCCACGUAACCUUACCUUAACCAAGAGACACUUUAUCUGGAUACUCAAGGACCUGAAUGUGUAUGAUGAUAAACUAACCACAGGGAAAGUUCUCGAGAUCCUGUUUACCGAAAGCCUUCCACUAGAAGAUGUUUCACACAGGAACCUGGAUCUGGAGAUGACGUUCCUCGAGUUCUUCGAGGGCCUGCUGGGCUGUGCAGAGGUGAAGCAUCCUCAUACUGUGGAGAUCUCCCCCAAAUAUCUGCCUGAACUAAGCAAGCAGGGAGGGACAGGGGCAUCCCCAGCGAGUAAGGAACUCAGCGUCAGCCCUGCUCAUCUGCUCCAGGGACCCGCAUCACUGUCUGGAAAAUCCGGAGAUGUUUUACACCACCUCUCCACAUUUGAAGAGAAGGACGGGAAACAAGGUGAAUUGCUUGUCAAAAGCCUUAAAGCAGGAACAGGCUCCCUUUUCACUCAGCAAGCCGCAGAGGUAGAACGAGGUCUUGCCCUGCCGAAUCCGGACACAGAUUCAGUUGCGGGGCUGGAAGGCGAGCCGACGGCUGCUCUGAUGCGCUCCAUGCCGGCUUUAGACACACGCUCGUCCACUGCGCCUCCAUCCAGAGCAGAGCCAAGUGAGGAGGCUGGGACAGAGCCAGAGAGUGAGCAGACACUCUGGGCCAGCAGGAUCCACCUGUUCUUCAGAAAUACCUUCUUCCCAGCGUAUGAGCGCAGGCUGCUGCUGGACAGGGAGGCAGAGAAUGAACGGGUGAAGAAAGAGCAGGUCCAGAGCUCUGCUGCUAACACCACAGAGACCAGCAGGAGCAGGCCCUCUCUGUAGCGUCCAUACAUCCACCCAUAUGCCCCUAGAGAUGUUGUUCUCUGCUUUCGCUCUAAAACUGUAAAAUAUAUGUCUAAUUUUUACAUACUAGACAAUGUCCGACUCAGGUGACAUCGGACACAGGGGAACUGGACUGUUAGUUUUAAUGGUCAUUCCGUGACAAUUAGUAACAAACAGAAAGUGAUACAAACCCACUAAAGUGUUGGUAAUGCGCCACUUAAAUUCCAUGGCACCGCUGCGCGUCAUGCCACCCUCUGCGCCAGUUUCAGCAGCCUCCAGAACUCUGCGCGUUUACCUAACCGAGGGUGUGUUGUGCUGGUCUGUCACACAGAAAGGACUUACAGAAUUCUUGCCCCCAGGAUAAGGUUCACCCAUCUAUUUCAUAAAUUGUUUUGCUUAAGGCCACCAGCACCAGAGAGGCUAACAUGAGGAUGAGGGGGUAUUUUAAAGGUGAAAUAUUCAGGCAUCAAAAGAUAGGAGAUCAGUUGUGGAUGGCCUAGUUUGUGCAGCGUAACAGCAGUUCAUCUUUGGGAUAAGGUUAAAAUUGCGUAAUAUUUUAGUAUGUAAAUAGCUCAAGGUUGGUUGGACAAAAUUGAAUUAAUUUCCAGCUGACAUAAAAACCAAUGCAUGGAUUGACCCCAAGGUCAUGUAAGCAGUAUAGUGUGGAGUCUGCGUUUGCCUUCCAUGGACCUGGUGCUCUUCUGGGCCGGUCUGAUGAGUUCAGGUUUUGCCUUGCUGAUGUGAUGAAUAACAGAGAACAAACCAGCAGACGGUCAUGAGCUAGAGGGUAACAGCUCUUAAUCAGCACAGGUGUGAGAGCCAAUCCCAUGCAGGCCGUCUGCAGGAUUUCCUGCUGAAGCUACAGAUCUGUGGGCAUAGCUAUGGGAAGGGAGGUGCUAGACUUGGAAAGUUAUGGGGGGAAGAUGAGGUGGAGGAGAGAGGAGGAGGCCCUGUCUGAGCCUUGGUCACAUCAGUCUCUCUCAUCAGAUUCCUGGCCAGCAGCUUGAAAAAAAAAAACAAGAAGUCUGAACAAAUACCCCCCUUAAAAACAUGUGUUUAAAGAUUAGCAGGCAUUUUUAAUUGUACCU